CCGAAAUGGGGAAUAACUCCAAAAACAGGAAUGUCCCGCUGGAUCCGUCGCAGUUGGGAGAUAAAAAUGGGAUGAGACACGAGGCUCUGUUCUUUCUGCGGUCCUCUUACUGGUCCAGGGAGAAGGAUUUUCCUCCUAAGUUUCCGACCAGAGGAAGAGCAGAGUCCAGAAACGAGGAGAAUAUCGAGAAAGUUCCCGACACGUUCCAAGGAAGAGAAGUCAUCAGGAUCCAUAAUGUCAAGAAAACCUAUAGAGGUGAAGAGAAGGUGGAGGCUCUGAGAGGUCUUGAUUUUGACAUUUAUGAGGGACAGAUCACCGCUUUGCUUGGCCACAGUGGAGCAGGAAAGACGACACUGCUGAAUAUACUAAGUGGAAUGUGCAGCCCAACAACUGGAUCUGCUUUUAUCUACAACUACAACCUCUCUGACAUGAAUCAUCUGGAGCAGAUACAUAAUAUGGUUGGAUUCUGUCCACAGUUUGAUGUCAAGUUUGACCCUUUGACUGUGAAAGAAAACUUGAAGGUUUUUGCACAUAUUAAAGGUGUUACUUCUGGCUCUGCGGAUCAGGAGGUCCAGAAGGUGAUUUGUGAUCUGCAGUUGACAGAUGUUCAGAAUACUGAGGCUUCCGAACUGAGUGGAGGUCAGAAAAGGAAGCUGAGUCUUGGAAUCGCAAUUCUUGGAGACCCUCUGGUUCUGUUGCUCGAUGAACCAACUGCUGGUCUUGACCCAUGUUCUAGACACCAUGUCUGGGCCAAACUAAAAGAGAGGAAGGGAGAUCGGGUCACUGUGCUCAGUACCCAAUUCAUGGAUGAGGCAGACAUCUUGGCUGAUCAGAAGGCCGUUAUCUCCAGCGGGAGGCUGAAAUGCAUGGGCUCAUCUCUGUUCCUGAAAAGAAAAUGGGGAAUCGGGUAUCACUUAAGGAUGCUGGUAUCUCCCUCAUGUGACCCCAAGGUCAUUAUGUCCCUGGUACAACAACAUGUCCCCAGUGCUAAACUCUCUGCCAAGCGUGAGCAGGAGAUGACCUUCACCCUGCCCUUCCAAAACAUGGACGCCUUCCCAGAUCUCUUCUCACACCUGGAUGGGCUGGUUGGAGGAGACAUCUUAAGUUAUGGUGUUGCCAUGACAACACUGGAUGACGUCUUCCUGAAGUUGGAAGGAGAAGCAGAGAUUGAAGGAGGAGACUACGAAGUCUUUAGUCAGGAGAUAAUGAGUGAACAGGACAGGGAUAACCUUAACUCAGAAAUGGAAGAUUCUGUGCAGCUGAUGUCAGACUCUGGAAAAGCCACCGUCAGUGGGAUGGCGCUAUGGAGUCAGCAGGUGAUGGCCAUCGCAAGAAUUCGCUUCCUGAAAUUAAAGUACGACAUGAAAAGCUUCCGAGCUCUAUUAUUGCUGAUCUUCCUCUUCCUUAUCCCAUUGAUCACCCUGUUCACCAUAAUACUCAACAUUAAGGGGUCUUUCAUGUGGGAGCUGCGGCCAGACUUGUAUUUCCUGAGACCUGGAGAUAGAGGUCACAGAUACUUCUCCUCCCUCGUCAUCAACAACAAUACAGGAUCACCUAUAGAAGACUUCAUUGUUGCAGUGAAGGCUCAGGACAUUGUGGUUGAGGUCAUUGAUGGUCCAUAUGACACAAAUAUGACAACAUACAAGGGAGCCAUAGAGAUCUCUGGGAAGGAUCAGGAUUACAGGUUCACCAUUGUAGGAAACCCACGGGCCCACAAUGCAUUGCCUGUGCUUGUGAACAUCAUCAGUAACUCUCUUCUAAAGAGCUUCCAAUCCAAUGAACGUAUACAAACGUGGAGUAACCCUGUCCGACAGGGUGAUACAGAAUACAUCUACAUAUUUUUUAUGAGUCUUGUCUUCAUGGCGUUUGGGUCCGGUAUGGCGCCCCACUUUGCGAUGAGCAGCAUUGAGGACACCAGGAACAAGGCUCGCUCCCUGCUGCGGAUCUCCGGGCUCUACCCCUCGACGUACUGGUGUGGUCAGGCCCUGGUGGACGUGCCCCUGCACUGCUUCCUGCUAUUUCUCAUGAUCGCUAUUCUAUUCACCUUCAACCACAAGAUCCUGCUGGACUAUUGGGUGGCCUCUCUGCUGAUCAUUGGUGUCUUGGGGUACAGUGCUGCCAUUGUCCUCUAUGUCUACGUCAUCUCCUUUCUAUUCAGAAGAGGAAAGAGCCACCACGAUCUCUGGUUGUUCUUCUUUAUCAUGCCGACCUUCAUCCCGCUAUUUAUGAUGGAGUUUGUGGAUUUAGGCCCAACAAUAUCCUUCUUGUACAUGUUCUUCUUCCCACCCAACGCCCUCAUUGGCCUGCUGUUCUCUAUCGGCGGUGUUGAAAUCAACAAAUUACACAAAGAGGAUGAAUUGUCAUCAGAUCUUCAUCUGUGUGUCCUGGUUUCCUUUGUGCACCUUUUCCUAUUUUGGGGGAUAUUGUGGUUCCUGGAGUGGAGAUAUGGGACCAGGAGCCUGACCAGAGACCCUGUGUUCAGAACAAUAAGAAGAAAAGUGAUGAUAAAACCGAAUCCUGAGGAUGUGGCUGAUGCGGAGGAGGAAGUUCUGGCUGAAAGGGAGAUGGUGAAACACGCCAAAGCCAGCAAACAUCUGGAGGCGACACCGGCCAUCAUUGUGGACAGUCUACGCAAGGAGUUCAAAAUAAAGUCAGGUGUGUUCAGCUUUAAGAAGAAGAAAAGAGUCGCUAUUAAGAACAUUUCCUUCUGUGUGAAGAAAGGUGAAGUUUUAGGGUUACUGGGUCCCAAUGGUGCAGGGAAAACCACAUCAAUCUUCACACUGGCGGGGGACAUUACAGCCACAGCGGGUGAGGUAGUGCUGUGUGACGCCUCUGAGGACUCCACCACAUUUCUGGGUUACUGUUGUCAGGACAAUCCUCUAUGGCCGGACAUUACCGUGAAGGAGCACCUGGAGAUAUACGCUGCUGUGAAGGGAAUGAAGAAGAAUGAUGGAGCCCUGGCCAUCAGGAGGGUGUCUGAGGCUCUAGAACUGAAGGAAUAUCUUAAUAAACCAGCCAAGAAGUUGUCAGCAGGAGUCUCCAGAAAGUUGUGCUUUGCUAUCAGCAUGCUUGGGAACCCAACCAUUGUCCUCCUGGAUGAACCUUCUACUGGUCUGGAUCCCAAUGGACAACAGCGUCUGUGGAGAGCCAUCCGUGCAGCCUUCAAGAACAAGGAAAGGGGAGCCAUUCUGACCACACAUUACAUGGAGGAGGCAGAGGUGGUGUGUGACCGUGUGGCCAUCAUGGUGUCUGGGAAGCUCAGGUACAUUGGGACCAUCCAGCAGCUGAAGAGUAAGUUUGGUAAAGGAUACUAUUUGGAGAUUAAGAUGAAGGAUUCGCAGACUGUGGAUGUGGUUCACCAAGAGAUAACCCGGCUCUUCCCAGAUGCAGCAAGGCAGGACAGGUUCUCCACUUUUCUGGUCUACAAGAUCCCAAUGGGUAACGUGAAGUCCUUAUCCCAGGCGUUCUUACACCUUGAGGAAGCAAAGCGCAUGUUCAGCAUUGAUGAGUACAGCUUCUCGCAGUCCACUCUGGAGCAGGUUUUCCUGGAGCUGAUGAAGGAGCAGGAGAUGGAGGAUAUAGACACCACCUUUCGCUGGACGCAGAUGCCCACGGAGAACAUGUGAGGGUCUGGCCAGUUGUCUCCUCCAUGAACAUUUACUCAUCCACAUUUACUGUCCUCAUAGAGAAGAUGACACCCAUCAUCCGGGUGCCAUGUUUCCCUGUAACAUUCUUAUCUAUACUGUCCUAUAUAUGGCAUAAUCACCUAUAGCACAGGGUAUAUAUAUAUAUAUGCUAGCUGAGUACCCGGCGUUGCCCGGUUUUUCCUCCCUAAUACUUGUUGGGGAGGAAAAUCAAAAAAGGAGGAAGCUUUUGACUUCAUAUCCAGUCCUUGUAUAUUGUUGUAAUAUCCCAACCCCAUAUCCCGACCUCCUAUGCUGUCCUCAUAUCCUGUCCUUAUGUCCCAUCCUCAAAAACCCAUCUGUUACCUACACCCUUAUAUAAGGAUCCUGUCCCCCUGUACCCAGAAGAUACCUGUCCUGUCCCCUUGUACACAGAAGAUACCUGUCCUGUCCCCUUGUACACAGAAGAUGCCUGUCCUAUCCCCCUGUACCCAGAAGAUGCCUGUCCUGUCCCCCUGUACCCAGAAGAUGCCUGUCCUGUCCCCCUGUACCCAGAAGAUGCCUGUCCUGUCCCCCUGUACCCAGAAGAUGACUGUCCUGUCCGCCUGUACCCAGAAGAAGCCUGUCCUGUCCUCCUGUACCCAGAAGAAGCCUGUC